AUGGCCGCCGCUGCGACCAUGGCGGCAGCUGCUCGCGAGCUGGUGUUGCGGGCCGGGGCCUCAGAUAUGGAGGAGGAGGAGGGCCCGCUGGGGGGUGGUCCAGGUCUUCAGGAGCCUUUGCAGAUUGGAGAGUUGGACAUCACCUCUGAUGAAUUCAUCCUGGAUGAAGUGGAUGUUCACAUUCAGGCGAAUCUGGAGGAUGAGUUAGUAAAGGAAGCUCUUAAAACGGGUGUGGAUCUUCGUCACUAUUCAAAGCAGGUUGAGCUGGAGCUACAGCAGAUUGAGCAGAAAUCCAUUCGGGAUUAUAUCCAAGAGAGUGAGAACAUAGCAUCCCUGCACAAUCAGAUCACAGCCUGCGAUGCUGUCCUUGAGCGCAUGGAGCAGAUGUUGGGAGCUUUUCAGAGUGAUCUCAGCUCCAUCAGCUCUGAGAUCCGGACACUGCAGGAACAGUCAGGAGCCAUGAACAUUCGACUGCGGAACCGCCAGGCUGUCCGGGGGAAACUUGGGGAGCUUGUUGAUGGUCUCGUGGUGCCCUCUGCUCUGGUCACGGCAAUUUUGGAGGCACCAGUCACAGAGCCCCGGUUCUUGGAGCAGCUGCAGGAGCUGGAUGCUAAGGCAGCUGCGGUCCGGGAGCAGGAGGCUAGAGGCACAGCGGCCUGUGCAGAUGUCCGGGGCGUGCUCGACCGCCUCCGAGUCAAGGCUGUGACAAAGAUCCGAGAGUUCAUCCUUCAGAAGAUUUAUUCCUUCAGAAAGCCAAUGACCAACUAUCAGAUCCCACAGACAGCCCUGCUGAAAUACAGGUUUUUCUAUCAGUUCCUGCUGGGCAACGAACGAGCCACUGCGAAGGAAAUCAGGGAUGAGUACGUGGAGACGCUGAGCAAGAUAUACCUGUCUUACUAUCGCUCUUACCUGGGGCGGCUCAUGAAGGUGCAGUAUCCUUUCGAGGCCCUCUUCCGCAGCCAGCACUACGCCCUCCUCGACAACUCCUGCCGUGAAUACCUCUUCAUCUGUGAGUUCUUUGUGGUGUCUGGCCCGGCUGCCCACGACCUGUUCCACGCUGUCAUGGGCCGCACUCUCAGCAUGACCCAGAAACACCUGGAGUCUUACCUCGUUGACUGUUACGAUGCCAUUGCUGUUUUCCUCUGCAUCCACAUCGUCCUCCGGUUCCGCAACAUCACAGCCAAGAGGGACGUUCCUGCCCUGGACAGGUACUGGGAGCAGGUGCUCGCCUUGUUGUGGCCGCGGUUCGAGCUGAUCCUGGAGAUGAACGUGCAGAGCGUCCGCAGCACUGACCCUCAGCGCCUCGGCGGGCUGGACACUCGGCCUCACUACAUCACACGCCGAUACGCAGAAUUCUCCUCGGCUCUUGUCAGCAUCAAUCAGACGAUUCCCAACGAACGGACCAUGCAGCUGCUGGGCCAGCUCCAGGUGGAGGUGGAGAAUUUUGUCCUCCGGGUGGCAGCUGAGUUCUCCUCGAGGAAGGAGCAGCUUGUGUUUCUGAUCAACAACUACGACAUGAUGCUGGGGGUGCUGAUGGAGCGGGCGGCGGAUGACAGCAAAGAGGUUGAAAGUUUCCAGCAGCUGCUCAACGCGCGGACACAGGAAUUCAUUGAAGAGUUGCUGUCUCCCCCCUUUGGGGGCCUGGUGGCAUUUGUAAAGGAAGCUGAAGCUUUGAUUGAGCGUGGACAAGCGGAUCGACUUCGAGGGGAAGAAGCCCGGGUUACUCAGCUGAUCCGUGGCUUCGGCAGUUCCUGGAAAUCGUCGGUGGAGUCUCUGAGUCAGGAUGUGAUGCGGAGCUUCACCAACUUCAGAAAUGGAACCAGCAUCAUCCAGGGAGCUCUGACCCAGCUGAUCCAGCUCUAUCAUCGCUUCCACCGGGUGCUGUCUCAGCCGCAGCUGCGAGCCCUCCCUGCCCGGGCCGAGCUCAUCAACAUCCACCACCUCAUGGUGGAACUCAAGAAGCACAAGCCCAACUUCUGA